AAAUCCUCCCGUCCCAGCCUGCACCAACAUUGGCAACUGAAGUUAGCAAAUCCUCAAGCCUCGUUGCCUCACGCUUUUUACCUUUAGUCUUUCACCCAACAACGUCGAUUCCACUGGCUAAGGACAACAUCUAGACAAGACAUCCAACUAUCCGCCGUGUACUAAACACAAAAGUUGUAAACUCUCCCUUGUUCCCUUUCCAACGCGGCAGUUCCGCUGCGCCGCGACCCGCGACCGCGAUCCGCGCCCCGUUGCCGUCUGAAUAUGGCCGCUCAGCCCUCCGCGUCAACGUCUUCGGCGCCGGCCACGGGCUCGGCUGCCACAGGCGCAGAUAAGGAUGUGUCCUCCUCAAACUCUUCCAGUAAUAUGCCUGUACGCACGAAGGAGUCCUUCGAUAAACUCAUGGUCGAGCGGUACAUCACGCGCGAUGCCAUCGCCGCCGCAGCGCUCGGCGGUCAGCUCGAUCAGACACGCAAAAUAAUGAGCGACACGCGCGACAAGAUCCAGGAAUACCGCCAGGUUCGCACCGAGUAUCGUCAAUGGUUCCCUCCGUCGAGACUCUACGGCGAGGGCUACAAUGGCUUCGCCAAUGGAUACACAGAGAACCAAGGUCCCUCACGAAUCAUUUAUCCCUCCCAGAAGCCCCGACCUGGCCAACGAACGACGCCACCUCUCAAGUACAAGCGCAAGGAUAUGCUGAAGCAGGCCGAGCAGCAUGAGGAGCUGGUCCCGUUGCGUUUGGAAGUUGAAUGGGAUAAGAUCAAGUUGCGUGAUACCUUUACCUGGAAUUUGCACGAGAGGCUUCUGCAGGUUGAAUUAUUCGCCGCGCAACUUGUUGAAGAUAUGGGUCUAAAACCCCCAGCGUCUCAACCGGUAUACGAGCAGGUCGUGCAUCAAAUGCGGGAGCAGCUCAAUGACUUUUACCCGUUGGUAUAUUCAGAAGAUGAUGCGCUUGACCCCGAGCUCCCCUAUUCGGCAUACAAAAACGACGAGAUGCGAAUCCUCGUCAAGCUGAAUAUCACGAUUGGCCAGCAUACCCUUGUUGACCAAUUUGAAUGGGAAAUCAAUAACCCGUCAAACUCGCCAGAGGACUUUGCUGCCAACAUGGCUCGAGAUCUGUCCUUAUCUGGCGAAUUUACAACGGCCAUCGCACACUGUAUUCGAGAGCAGACACAACUUUUUACGAGAAGUUUAUAUAGCGUUGGCCAUCCGUUCGACGGUCGACCAGUUGAAGACCCUGAUCUUGUCGGCGCAUUCCUCCAGACACCUCUCCCCACUGUCUUCCGACCGCAACAGCAGGCCAAGGAAUACGCACCAUAUCUCUACGAACUCAGUGAAGCCGAUCUGGAGCGGAACGAGACGAUAUUCUCCCGUGAGCAACGUCGCCAGAAGCGAUCGAUCAACAGAAGAGGAGGCCCCCAGCUGCCCGAUCUCAGAGAAAGGCAAAGAACCAUUCGAACGUUGGUCGUCUCUUCUGUUUUGCCUGGGGCUGCAGCUACCAUUGACGAGAGUAGACUUUACAAGAGGGCUGCCGGCCCAAGGGCGAAGCGCGUUGUACGUGAUGGAGAGAUCUCGGAUUCAGAUGAUAGCGACGAUUCAGCUCCUGAUUCACCCGCCCCCUCACAAAUCACGGGUGGUACUGCUCGAACACGAGGCAUGCGCGGUGCUGCAUCUGCAGCUCAGCAAAGAAUGGCCAAUCUCGGCAGGUCUGAAACCCCAGAAUCAAGUGCGAUCACACAUCACCACGAGACUAGGACCUCCCGCCGGUUCAGAGAGGAAACAGAAGAGCCGUCGCAGUUGAUCGUAACACUCAAGCUCUCCCGCGACAAGCUGAGGCGGUUGAUGAACCGCGACUACUCAGACUUGAGGCCACCAUCUCAGACACCAGUCUCCUUCCCACGAGCACCCAGCGCCUCUGCUCCCUCGAGAUCCAUGCCACCGCCACCUUCGACCCCAUCCAGCGCUACUCCUCACGCCUCAGCAACUCCAUCCUCGUCCCUCCCGCCAGGCCAACUUGGCCGAUUACCGGCUCCUCCGACAGUCCCUGGACAGUCUUCUCACAUGCCAUCACCCCCGCCCCCUGAAUGGCUUGUCAAUGCCCUCAAAGAAUUAGAGAAGACGUAUAACCGUGGCGAUAGGUUUGAGGCCACGAUGAAGUACUCCUACCUGCACCCCGUGACAGAGCUACCUAUCCAAGGCCAGCCUCUGCCCGAAGGUGUGAAAUAUGCCUGGCUGCCGCGUAUCCGCUGCCUUGAUUGUACAACUAAGCUCUAUACACCUGGCCCAGAUAUGACGGUCAAGAAGUUCGAGACCCAUCUCGAGUUUUCAGGGCACAAGAAUGCUGUUGCUAAGCGCGUGGCGAGGGAGGCCAAUCCUUGAGUUCCCGAUUCAUCAUGCAGGCGUUUCUUAAACCGCAUGUGAAACAGAGAUUUCGCCACUGCAUGCAUACCUUACUACUAGGCCCUUUUCUCUUAGGCCGUAUCUUGCUAGAUGUCAAAGGGGCGUUGGUUCUUUUCAAUUUUGCUUUGCCUCGGAUUGUAUCACUUUCAAAGACAGAGAUUUAGUGACUGGCUGAUUUUGAUCAUUGUUUUGUACAUAAAGCUUCGAGUUCUGUGAGCGCAGAAGGGAAUGCCGGGGUUAUGAGGAACCGACGAAACGAACAGCUGUCUCUUCCUCCCUCCAGGUUGGUCUAUUAUUCAUUUUGGAGUCUACGGGAGAACUGGGCGCUGUACAGCUGGGCUAGGACACGGAGUGGAAUGUCAAUAUUAGAGCAUUUGCUUCUUACAUGUUUUGCAUACCUGACAUGUACAGAAUUGACCUUUUUAAGUACAGAC